UAAAUAUUUUUGUUAGGAAUAUUGGGAAAUUGAGCAAGGUGGUGUGGUGAGAGAGUGCCACUUGAUUGACGUGUGUUAAUGCAAAGAGAGAGAGAGAGAAUCUGUGGUUUAAGGAUUCAUGUCUUCAAGUUCAAUCUGCUGAUCUCAACUACACAAACUGUUAGAUUGCAUUCAUCAUUUUGUAAGCUUCUUUUUUUUUAUAAGCUCUCAAGAAUAGCUUAUGAAAACAAUGAAGCAUUCAUUGACAUGGGGGACUCUUUCUGAAUCUGAUGUGCAACAAUCUUCCAUGUCUGAAAAUCUUACCUUGAAAAUGAGUCUUUUGCCACAACAAUGCCAUAAGACUAAGGCACUAGAUUUUCAAUUUCAAGAUCAAGAUUCUUCUUCUACUCAAUCAACUGAUCAAUCUUAUCUCGAAGUCAAUUCGGGGCAAUCAGGUCCAAUUUCUGUCCAGUAUAGCAAUUCUUCUGCAUUCCCUCAUGCUAAGACAUGCUUUAGUGGCCCAUUAGCAGCUCCAAAUGGAUCACAGAAUAAUAUUCAUCAUGCUCGGCUAGUAGGAAUGGCUCCGGUUCGGGUUCCUUUGCCUCUUGAUCUUUGUGAGGAACCUAUAUACGUGAACGCGAAGCAAUACCAUGCUAUUAUGAGACGUAGAGAGUAUCGUGCAAAGCUCGAAGCACAAAACAAACUCAUCAAAAAUCGGAAACCAUAUCUACACGAAUCGCGCCAUCUGCACGCAUUGAAGAGAGCUAGAGGUAGCGGUGGACGUUUUCUAAACACCAAAAAGCUCAAAGACCUAAAGCUUACUUCAGCACACGACGGUCUUAAUGUUUCCACCACUACUCAGUUGAAUCCGAGUGAAAAUGUAGCGGAACCUAAGGCGAAUCAAGUAGAAAACUAUAGAGACGGUGCUUCCGCAACCACAUGUUCUGAUGAGACAAGUGCUUCUAAUAAUGAGGACAUGUUCCAACAACAUGAAUCCGACUUCAGAUCAUGUGGAUACCCUUCUCAAAUGCAGGGUUUCUCGACCGAUAUCGGUGGUGGUGGAAAUCAACACCGUCUAUCGGUCCUUAUGUGACAAACAUGCUUGGAACAUUAGCAAAAUGGAGAAGAGUAUUGCUAGUGUUCCACUGGAAAGUCAUCCUUGGCUCAUUUUAUAUUAUGUCUUAGUUACUGCUUUUGCCUUGUUAAUAAUUCAUGAAUAAGGAUAGAGAUAUUUGCAAGUUAUCAUGUUUUUUUAGCCAUGGAAAUGUUUGGCCAAAGAAACACUUGUCUGACUUAAACCGACUUGUGAAAACUAUAUAUUUUCCGUCACAUUGAGAUAAGACUUGGUUGA